CCUUCCUCUCUUUCUUGCUGCUUCUCCUCUCCCUCUUACUUACUUCUCCCUCUCUUCUUCCUCCAUCCAUCUCUGGUCCGAUCGCCUCUUCGAUCUUUCUCUUCCCCACCCUUUCCCCCCUCUCCUCACCCUCACCCUUUCUCUUCUCGUCCCCAACUCCCGGUUCAUUCACAAUGGGUCGCUUUGGUUUCUUGUCCCUGGCUCUCCUUUCUGUCCAGGCCUUGAUUGGCGGCAGUCUCGCGGCGGAUGCUGCUGAGAAGGAUGAUCUCCCUGAAACCCAAUUGCUUUCUGUCACGGCCCACGCCUCCUUCCCUGCCUCCGAGGAGAUCUUCGGUGUCAAGCUUGUCAAUGGCUACCCGACUGAAGCGCUGAUCACUUUCGCCAAUGAGGAUGAAGUUCCUGUGACUGUGAACUUCAUUGGAGGUUCCUUGUCGGCAGUUGAAGGAGAAAGCAGCCAGAUUGUUCGCAACCUGACUGCGCACCGUUACAGCGUUGAGAUCCCGGCCGGUCAGCAGGAGAGCGUCAGCUACAGCUUCGCCACCGAAAUGCACCCCCAGGAUUUGCUGCUCACUCUCGCUUCCGUCAUCUCUGAUACCAAUGGCAACCUCUUCACUCUGUACGCCUACAACGGCACUGUCAGCGUCGUUGAGCCGGAGACCAGCAUCUUCGACCCUCAGAUCCUCUUCCUGUACUUUUUCCUCCUGGCUUGCUUCUCUGGCGUCGUCUACUUCUUCUACACCGUCUGGAUCGCUCCCUACUUCCCCCAGAAGCGCCGUGCUGCUAAGGGUCCCGAGUACAAGAAGUCCGCUGGUGCCUCCAAGAAGGAGGUCCCCGUUGAGGCUCCCAGCAGCCCCGCUGUCUCGUCUGCUACUACCUACAAUGCCGAGUGGAUCCCCGCUCACCACAUCAACCGUCCUGAGGCCAGGAAGGUCAAGGGUGGCGCCAAGUCUAAGAACCGUGCCUAAAUGGCCCUUGCAGUGCUGAGUCGAUGGGUGAUUUGUGAGGAGAUUUUGGGAAGGGCUUGGAGUCGGAGGGAACCUUGGUUGGUUCUCUCAGCGACUCCGGAGUAUGGCUAGCGGACUUGGGAAAGGGUC